CUCUCUCUCUCUCUCACUCAAUUCUCUUAGCUUUCCCAAACAAAUGUUAAAGGCCAUAAAAAGGAGCAAAGACAAUGUGGGAGACUUUGGGGUUCUUUAGGGGGUGGAAAAAGAAGGUGCAGGCAUUCAACAUCAACGCCAAUGGUGCUCAUCAUUCUCAACCACCGCAUGUUGCUGCUGCAGCUCACCCUGUUCCUAGCUAUUUGCCCUUCUUCUCCUCAACGUGAGCCAUUUGCUAUGCGCAUAAGUUGUGGAGCUCAUGCUAAUGUCCAGACAGGCCCAACCAAUACCCUCUGGUACAAGGAUUUUUCUUUUACAGGAGGGAGAUCAGCAAAUGCAUCAAGAACAAGUUUUAUUGUUCCUCCACUUCCAACAGUUCGUUAUUUCCCUCUUUCUGAUGGGCCAGAAAAUUGCUAUAAUAUCAAUGGAGUACCCAAUGGACACUAUUCAGUGAGAAUAUUCUUUGCGUUGGUUCAAGAACCUUAUUUUCAGAAUGAACCUCUAUUUGAUGUAUCAGUUGAAGGAACUCAGAUCUAUUCUUUACCGUCAGGGUGGAGCACUGAAGAUGAGGAAUCAUUUGCUGAGGCUCUCGUAUUUGUUUCAAAUGGUUCUGUCUCCACUUGCUUCCAUAGCACUGGCCAUGGAGAUCCAGCUAUACUUUCACUCGAAAUUCUUCAAGUAGAUGACAAAGCAUAUUAUUUUGGUCCCCUGUGGGGUGAGGGGUUAAUCCUUAGAACAGUCAAGCGAGUAAGCUGUGGUAAUGAGAAUCCUGAAUAUGAUGAAGAUUACGGUGGGGAUCCCUGGGGUGGGGAUAGAUUCUGGAGUCCACUGAAUACUUUUGGGCAAUAUUCUGACAAGAUUCUAUCCACUGUAAAUAGCAUCAAGCAAGCAUCAGUUUCCCCAAACUAUUACCCUGAAAAGCUUUAUCAUACAGCACUUGUUAGUACUGAUAGCCAGUCAGAUUUAUCAUAUACUAUUGAUGUGGAUCCUACAAGAAACUACUCAAUUUGGUUGCACUUUGCAGAAAUUGAUUCUGCAAUCACAGGUGAAGGUCAAAGGGUUUUUGAUAUCCUGAUAAAUGGUGAUACUGUAUUCAAUGAUGUUGAUAUUAUCCAAUUGAGUGGGAGCAGUAACACGGCUCUUGUGCUGAACAAGACUGUUGCUGUUAAUGGAAGGACUUUGACAGUAACCAUACACCCUACAGAAGGAAAUCAUUCCAUCAUCAAUGCCAUUGAAGUUUUUGAGGUUAUCCCUGUGGAAUCAAAGACUUUAGCACAAGAAGUUAAGGCUUUGCAGGUACUGAAGAAUGCCUUGGGUCUUCCUCUUCGUUUGGGGUGGAAUGGUGAUCCGUGUGUUCCCCAACAACAUCCAUGGAGUGGAAUUGACUGCCAAUUUGAUGGAAACAGCAGUAAAUGGGUCAUCGAUGGACUUGGUCUUGACACCCAAGGUCUGCGGGGCUUCUUGCCGAAUAACAUAUCCCAACUGCUUCAUCUACAAAGCAUAAACUUGAGUGGGAACAGCAUUCUUGGGGCCAUUCCAUCCUCACUUGGAACAAUAACCGGCUUGCAAAUACUAGACCUUUCCUACAAUUUUUUCAAUGGUUCGAUCCCUGAAAGUCUUGGGAGUUUAACAUCACUAGAGAUACUAAAUCUUAAUAGCAACAUGUUAUCUGGAAGAGUUCCUGCUGCGCUUGGAGGAAGGCUUCUUCACAGAGCUAGCUUCAAUUUUACUACAAAUGCAGGUCUUUGUGGUAUACCUGGACUACCAACAUGUGGGCCUCACCUAUCUAUUGGAGCAACGAUAGGCAUAGUAGUAGUGGUUUUUGUGGCAUUUAUUCUCACUGUUAUCGGCUUAAUAAUCUGGUGGAAAAGAAGGCAAAAUAUUCUCCGUGCACAAAGAAUUGCAGCAAGAGAUGCUCCCUAUGCCAAAGCAAGGACCCAUUUUGUGCGUGACGUGCAAAUGAAUCGACAUCAUCAUCAUCAUCAUGGUGUUGAUCACCACUCGAGGGCUGCCACUGAGCAUGGGCCUAACUUGCUCUCUUGAUUGACCAAGCACUUUUGGUUCCUACCAAUUCAAUUU